AUGGGGUGCAGGUGCUGCAAAAUGAUACAAAGCUAUAUUUUUGAUCCAGAAGAAGUACAAUCACCUGGAUGUAUCCAUGAAGUAAACAGCUACAAACACAAUGUACAAGACAGCAAUAAAUUCCAAGAGAACAGUGAAAAUGAAGAACAGAAAAAUGAACUCCAGAAAGAUGAGCUAAACAGAACAGAAAAUAAAGAUCCAGUAAACAAUACAAAAGAAACUCUCUGGAACCACAGAGGAGACAAUUUUCAAGAGGUUGUCCUUGUGAAGUGUGCUGCAAAGCUUGAUGUUGCAGUCAAUGGUGGCAACUCCUGUGCUGAAGGGCACUCCAUGCUCAAUCCCAACACAAACCCAGUGAAAGACACCAGUGAAAAGGGAACCUCCAGCCACUUAGAGGCUUCUUCAGCCAGCAGUAAAGACUUUCACACCAAAUCAAACAGGUCUGGCCAAGAACUCAACCUAGAGACAGGCAGCCAGAGGAAGGCAGCCUGCAAUGUGCCUAACAGUAUUCCAGACUCCCAGUCUGCAGAAGACAGCACCUUUCUCAAAGAAAGCACAAUACUGGAGACACAAAACAAUGCCAUACGACUACCAGGUACUGAUUAUCCCCCAAACAGCAAUCAAACUGGGAACUAUGUUGAAAAAGACAACUUUUCAGUCAACUGUGCACAUACAGACCAAAAUACUGGUUCUUCAGCAAUACAGGACCAGGACCUUUGUGUCAGCUCACCUUCACCUGUGAAGGAGAGCAGUACUGAAUCUUUUAAAACUGACUCUGCAGGUUUGAGUGAGGGCAUUACUGGUGGUAUCACUGCCGUGGCUGUUACCAAAGUCACACAGGCACCCACACCCCCCAACCAGAAAGACAUCAAUGGAAAAAUUGAGGAGGAAGAUGCAGAAAUUGCAGCAGCUCUGGCUGCACUGGAAGCUGCAACUGCAGGGGAAGACCUGGAAGAUGACAAUGAGUACUAG